CUUCUGUGUAUCUGAUAAAGAUGCUACUUUUAUCCCACAAAGAAAUGUCGCUCUCGUCCUGUGUUUCUGCUUUCCUGGUUACAAACAUGCUGCGUCUAGCUGUUUUGCCAAGGAGCUACUGCCAAAUCUCCUAAACCGACCUUCCAGCCUAACUAUUGUCUGAUCUAGAUCCAGCUGUUUUUGAGUGCGUCUUUCCUCUGGAAUCUGGAAUAAAAAGGGAUGUGGUGUAUUUAUGAAAUAAGGACGGAAAGGGAAUAGUUUUCUAAAUAAUACAUAGCAGUUUAGAAAUAGUAGUUAAAAUAUUCUAGUAUAAAAUAAUGAUCUGUGUAAAACAGCAUAGCAAGUAAAUACAUUAAGCUAAAAAACAGGCCUUUUGUUGCACAUUCCACACCAGUAGGUGGCGGUAAUGGACAUUGAAGUUGUUUGCCAUCCGCCAUUAACCGUUCGGCAGAAGAAGCGGCAGCCGGCCCGCCCGCUGCCCGCAGCGCUGCUAGUUUUCAGGCUGUGGCAGCUGCUGGUGGUUCUUAGUUCAUGUCCAGGUAGUAAAGAGAGAGGAGGAAGCUUCUUUAGCAGGAUGGCUGCUGUGGAGCAGGUAGCAGCUGUAGGCAGGGUUCUGGUCAACCCAGGUCUGGACUUGACUCGGCGCUUCAGAGCUCUAUUCACCCUGAGGAACCUGGGAGGAUACGGGAUCUUUCGGGGCUUAAUGUGUCUCCAGCUGUGGAGAACACCCUGUCACAUGGGCUGGAGGAAGCCUGCACACACAGGUUCUGAAGCUAUAGAAUGGAUCAGCAAGGCCUUCACUGAUGAUUCAGCCUUACUGAAGCACGAGCUGGCCUACUGCCUGGGACAAAUGCAGGACACACGGGCCAUCCCGGUUCUCACGGCUGUUCUCAAAGACACCAAGCAGGAGCCCAUGGUCAGGCAUGAAGCAGGGGAGGCCCUUGGAGCUAUUGGUGACUCGGCGGUGGUGGACCUGCUGAAAGAGUACAGUCUGGAUCCCGUCAUAGAGGUUGCAGAGACGUGUCAGUUGGCGGUUCGUCGUCUGGAAUGGCUUCUUAGUGGCGGAGAGACCCAGCUGGAGGAUGGCAGCAUAGACAAUAACCCGUACUGCUCUGUAGACCCAGCUCCUCCAGCACCAAGGAUGAGUGUUCCAGAGCUGCGCUCAGUGCUGCUAGAUGAGAGUUUACCGCUGUUCGAACGCUACCGAGCCAUGUUUGCUCUGCGCAACCUGGGCACAGAGGAGGCGGUGGUUGCCCUGGGAGAUGGUUUGCAGUGCUCCAGUGCCCUGUUCCGUCAUGAGAUUGGCUAUGUUCUGGGUCAGAUGCAGCACCCGGCAGCCAUACCAGCACUGCGGGCUGCUCUGGAACGUUCUAAGGAGAACCCCAUGGUCCGACACGAGGCCGCAGAGGCGCUUGGCUCCAUUGGAAAAGAGGAGUGUCUGGCUGUGCUGCAGAGUCACCUUAGAGACCAAGAACGUGUAGUGAAGGAAAGUUGUGAGGUUGCCCUGGACAUGCUGGAAUACGAAAACAGUGAUAAAUUCCAGUAUGCAGAUGGACUGGUCAGUCUGCAGGACUCACUUUAGUACCACCCUGUACCUCAGAGCAACAUGCGGGACUGGCACUCUGCAUUGAAGAGGGUUCUGAUCCAGACUUUUGAAUGUUUUUCAGGAAAAGUAUUGAAAAAUCACAAACAACAACCCUGCCAAUGUUGCUUUACUGCAUGAUUUUGGUUGGUGAUUUUCACUUUAGUCUGACCGGGUCUGUUGUAUUUUUUUUGAUAAGCACACUUGAAAUUUUCACUUAUUUUAAACUUUGACAGAGACUAAGUCCAAAGUCCUCUGUACACUAAAGUUCCACAAUAAAUAGAGAAACAUUAACUCCCAAUUAUGGCUCCCUUUAUGAUUUUACAUCACAUUAGUCGACCUGCCAAGAGCACAGGCCCCAUCUGUGUAUACAGUCUAAUGGGAUUCUCUGCCCUAAUUUUCACCUUUUAUGAUUUUGGAGAAAUAAAUUCCUGAAAGAGACAAAUAAA